CUAGCUUGUUGCACAGCAAGCAUGUUGUUGUUUGAGUGCAUCAAGAGUAUUGCUGAUCAUAGGGUGCGCAGUCCUCUCGUCAGUCAGACAUGCACAUAGAAACCGUUGUCACAGCAAGGCUUGAAUUAUGCCUAUUCGAAAAAUAUACAGAAGCAGAACGCCUUCUUCCCCUGCAGUGCCUCCCUGUGGCGUGAGAGACAUAUCUAGAUUUCUGAGCUUCAUCGUUAUCGUAAUGCAUAAACUUCUAACCUUCUCGCUAAGAAAAAGAGUAAGAACGAAGGCACGAGCGAAUUGCAACUUGCUUCAAUGGUUCAGGUAGCAGUGUUGGUGCGAUUCGAUUCGUGUACGCACGCCUGUUUCGGUCUUCAUCCUGUAGGUUUUUUGAUGUUUUCGCCUUACUAACCACACACUCUGGCUCUGGAUGUGUCUACACUUGUAGGUUUUAUUACAGUAGUGACUCCUGCUGAGUUGGAGGAAGGCGCGACUGCCGCGUUUCCACGGAAGCAACAUGAUGAUUCCGAUAACACCUGAGUAUGUUGCACAGCUCGCAGGGCCCUGCGACGAAUUUCUCUGUGACCUCGACGCGAAUCACUACGGGGUGGAAUUUCUGGCGUUCAAGAUAAGGAGCAUCGACGAGGUACUAUUCACAUCUGUGGCCGACGAGGCAAACUAGAACUACAGUACUGCGCAGUAAUCUGACAACGAUCAUUCUCGUGUAUCCGCAGUAGUAUCUUUGCUCUUACGCAACUCAGCCUCAGCCGGCAGCUCGUGGCGAGGAUUAAUAGAGAUUGUGUUUGUGAUCAUACUUCCACACAGGAAACCGGCGAGAGCACGACUCAUUUCGACGUCGCUGCGGAUUUAGAAAAUGCGCCAGCUGCAGCACCAUAUCCUCGAGAAAAGUGAGGACACCCAUCAUACCAGAUUACGUAAAUUUGUGUUGCUUUUUUUGUGUCACAAAAUCAAAUCGGGAAUGCACUGUAUCUGUAUGUUUUGCGUGCCAGGUGACAAAGGUGCCCAAAAAAUUUGUCAUGCGGGAGAGCCAAGAACUAGAAAAAAAAUCAAAAAUGAUGAAAGCAGCAUUUUUUUUUGGCAAAUUCAUUUGUUUUUGGUAUGGGCUUGCUUUUCGGUGGGAUACAGCAACACCACCACCAGAGGACCCGGACGACGUACGCCGUGUGCGCUACCAUUUUGGCCCGAAGUUUCUGGACCUCAAGACCAUUGGAACGGAACUGAAAUUUCGUUGCAGCAAGGAAGUGCGAAAUUUUCGGAUGAUAGAACGCCACUAUUUCAAGAACGAGUAUAAUAGUUAGUCUUAGUACAACUACGGUUUUUGAGUAAUGUUACAAUACGGGAGGCGGCAUGCGAAUGAAGCAGUUUUAUGUUGCGGUUUGUGCCAGGAUGUGUCGUACCUUCGCGACGCGCUGGCGCCCCCUUGCUUUCGCAGUCAUCAACUCGAUGCCAGAGUAGAAUUGUGCAGCUCAGUAAGUAUUCAUGAUUGAUCAAAUGCAAAUGUUUUUCUUUAUCUCUUCAACAUCCAAAGAUAACGCAAUCACAACAGGUGCAUAAAGAGCUACGACUUCACGAUGCCCUUCUGCAUUCCUGACAGCGUAAAUACCUGGGAGAUUAUAUACAGCAUGCCAGAAGUUCUGGACGAGGAGUUGAAAAAGGUCAUCAUCAGCAACCCAUGGGAGACGCGAUCUGACAGCUUCUAUUUCGUUGGGGAAGAGCUUAUUCUCCAUAACAAGGCGGAAUAUUCCUACUCGUGAUGCAUGGACAGACGCGAAAGCAGAACUAAAAGUUAUACCGGAUAAAAGCUGUAAUUUUGAUAAGGUAGAAGCAAUCAACCCUUUUGAUACUUUUCGGAAACGAUCAGCGCAGGUCCUCGCAAGCUCAAUAGGGACCGCGUCUUUUUUUUCAACGCCGCGGCCAGAUUUUAAAUAAACAAAGGUAAAGAUGCAAACAUCGAAUAUUGAAGAUAAACAGAUGUUGUUGCGCUUUGGUCUCAAAUUUCGUUUUUGCUUUGCUGUUGCUACCAUGUAACUUACCGCAACUACUACAAGUUUCGUUGUCUGGGCCACAAAGUGCGGGGUCAGCAUAAAAAAGCGAAGAAUCUUUACCCACUGCGGUAGAGUUGGUGUCAGAUCAACUUUUUUGUCUUCACAUAACUACUUCACACGAUUUUUGGGUAAGGCGUAUCUGUAACCCGAAAAGGAAAACCCGAACGCGAAGGCAAACGCGCCGAUGCGAAUUUGAUAUAUCAAAUUUUUUCAAGAUGACGCAAAAUUUUCAUUGCUUGCGGCGAUGAUAAAAACUUGUGAAAGGGGUGAUUUUCUAGGCGAAAGAUGAAGCCGGUCUCGGAUGCGAUUAUCGUGUGCUUCUUCCUUCUUGGUCUUCCGAAUCAGGUACGAAAUAAGGACGCGUCAUGCUUACUUAAACAGUAGAUGUUAGAGUGAUUCGACGGAAAGAGAGAUGAGAGACAUAUUCACAAAUGAAGUGAGG